UGGUAUACCAUUUAUGGGAAAAGUACAGUGAAUUUGGUAUGGCAACACAACCGGCGCCUUCUAUUCGACAACCUGGAUGCUCUCGAAGGCGAAAAAACAAUCGUAUGGGAUAGGAGUCUUAUGCAAAGAGUCAACCUGUUCGCUGGUCCCUCAGUCCUGAAGACUCACGGCGUAGUCAGCAAUCUAGCGCUUGACCAAUUUCGUGCACCAGAAACCCCAUACGUUCUGUUCUUCCUCACUCCUACACUGGCAGCACUGGAUGGACUCUGUGAAUACAUCGACAAGUCGAAGGCUGAUACGGUAUUGAUCGUGCACGAUGGAUUUCUAUUGAAAACUCCAUUACCUAUAUUACUUUUAGAAAACGCUCUUUGUGGAGUUGAAUGGUGGAAAGGUUUCUACUGGGAACGAUUGGAAUCUGUACGCGAGUUACCACUAACUUGGCUACCCCGAGAUGGGCAUGCUUUAUCCUUACAUCCUAAAUACCCAAUUCCUCUUCGGAUGAUAGGUUAUAGAUUGCUGAUCAACGGCGACUGGACUCAUUUGCAUCGUUGUGCGGUGGCGAUACAUCAACUGUUGGCGAUUUGCCCACAGUCGAUCCCUAUCUAUAGUCGUGGAAAAUGGGCCCAGGAUGUGGCUCGAAUGGUGUAUAAAAUGGGGCCUUGUGAAAAUGAACAGCAAUCUCCCCCAUUGCGUAUAAACCGUUUGGUUAUCCUUGACCGUUGGAUUGACCCUCUUACGCCAUUACUACAUCAACUAACCUAUGCUGGUAUGCUUGAUGAAAUGUAUGGCAUCAAUAUGGUUGGAUCGAUCAAGGUUUCCCUUGCUGAAUUCGAAAACAACGAUAAUGCUGAUCCGUUUGCUCUCAAAGAAAUACACCUAAAUGAUGAGGUUUUUUAUCGACUCAAGAAUGUGCAUAUAAAUGCGAUUGGUUUGGAACUCGCAAAAAUACUGGCUGAUAUAAAGGAGGAUGAAGAGUUUGAUCGCGACCGUAUGUCUGUAGCUGAGUAUCAGGUGCUUGUGAAAAAGAUGCCUCAAAUACUUCUACGGAAGAAGCUCUGCAGUGUACAUAUGCGUUUAGCGGAAAUGGCACGUGAAAAGCUUUAUGAAUCAUAUGCUGACUAUAUACGGGUGGAGAAAGAGCUUCUCGAAUCAGCUACAGCUGAUAAAAUACACCCGUUCAUUGAGGAAGCCAUUAUAAGCGGGGACGAUGUGAACACUGCCAUUCGAUUCGUCGCCACUCAUGCCCUUGCAGCUAACGGGCUCAAGCCGGCUGUGCUUCAACAAUACCGGCGAAUGAUUAUGCAGUCUUUUGGCGUUGAAGCACUCAACAAGCUGUUGAAGCUGCAAAAGAUGGGUGCAAUCCGAGAACGAGGUGGCAGUGGAAAGCUGUCCACUGACUAUGCACCCUUGAUGUUUCCAUCCAUGAAGAAACAGUAUGAAUUGUUACCUGACAACGUAUCGGAAACGAAUACACAAGACGCGGCAUAUGCGUAUAGCGGCUAUGCUCCAUUGAUCGUUCGUAUACUUGAGGAAGGGGAUCGUGUAAGAUGGGCUGGAUGGAAUAAGACGUUCGACGGCGCGAUUGGAGGUGACGAUCGAACGGCAGUGUUUAUUGUGGGCGGGGUAACGCGAGCAGAACUUGCUGGAAUUCGCCUCAUGCCUAAUGUAUGUCUCAUAUUGACGUCAUCGAUUAUUACUGGCAACAGACUUAUCGACGGUAUCACACAGAUAUGA